AUGAAAAGAUUUUUAGAAAGCGAAAGCGCAAAUACUAAAAAACAGAAAACACAGGUGAAUCGUAAAUAUGACGAUAGUUACUUACAAUUUGGAUUCGUUGUAAAAUUUGGUUCUGAAAAUUCUACUCCGUUACCUCAAUGUGUAAUUUGUCAAGAAACACUUUCAAAUCAAAGCAUGAAGCCAUCGCUACUUAAGCGCCACCAAUUAUCGAAGCAUCCAGAAACAGAAAAUAAACCCAUUGAAUUUUUUUCAUUUUUUUCAUUGAAAUAA